GGGUAUUUAAGACAGCAUGGGGAAGCAGAAGGAGCUGUUUACUUCUGAGGAGUGGAGUAAGAAGGUCACCUGGGUGCUUCUUCUCCCUCUCUGAGCUAGCAGGCUUUCACCCCAGCAUCUGGUUCCUGAAUCUUCACUGGCAAAAUCUGAACGCUGGGCAUUUUGGCUUUAAACAUCUGGACUUCCAACUUCUGCCAAGGACCCAGGGACAGUGAGACCACUUCCUUUGAGCAGAACCUGAGAAGCCAUUGGGUUUGGUCUGGUGCAUCAAGCCAGAAGCAGCCGCAGGGAUGGAAGUGUUUCUCAAGAUCGAACACAGGAAGACCAGCUUCUUCACUGAGGUUAAGGAGUCGACCACAGUGUUAGAGCUGAAGCGCAUUGUCCAGGGCAUCGUGAACAGGCCUCCUAAGGAUCAGCUGCUGUUCAAGGACGACCAGCUCCUUGAAGAGAGGAAAACUCUGCGUGACUGUGGCUUCACCAGCGAGGUAGCAAAGGCACAGGACCCAGCCAUCGUGACCUUGGCCUUCAGAGAAGAUGCCUUUCUACUCCUGCAUGCCAGCCCUUUUUCUUGUCCACUAAUUGGAGGUGUGCUGAAAAAUGGUCUAGACUUCGAGAGAGAUUUGGAACAUGUUAUGCAGUGAGGGCCCCAAACCCACUCCUAGGAAUUCAUUUCCUGAUAAAGAUGUGACUGUCUUUCUACAUUAAAAAAUAAAUAAAUAAACUUAACACACUGAU